AUGGGAGCGAGCCGCUCGCGGGGGUGUAAGGCGCGGUUUUUCGGCCCACGUGCCCACGUGUCCUUGCCCUUUGCCCGCAUUCAGGGUGUGCUGGACCGCAUCCUGCAGACCUGGCCGGCCGGGGCCCCCACUGAAGAGCCCUGGAAGGCGUACCCUACCACCUGUCCCAAGGCGCUCUUGGUGCAAGCGCCAGAGCUGCAGAGGCUGUGCGAGUGGCGAGUGGCGAGCCCUUUCACCUCAGGGGCCGGCGUGGCAGCCAGCAUGAAUUGGAAACUGGCCUCGUUGCAGGAGGCUUGGAAUCAGCACAAGAGAGGUGGCGUCCACUCAGAGGCCACAGCAGUUGAGGAGCCGGCCGCAGAGGCCACAGUUGAGGAGCCGGCCGCAGAGGCCACAGUUGAGGAGCCGGCCGCACAGGCCGCAGUUGAGGAGCCGGCCGCACAGGCCGCAGUUGAGGAGCCGGCCGCAGAGGCCGCAGUUGAGGAGCCGGCCGCAGAGGCCACAGUUGAGGAGCCGGCCGCAGAGGCCGCAGUUGAGGAGCCGGCCGCAGAGGCCACAGUUGAGGAGCCGGCCGCAGAGGCCGCAGUUGAGGAGCCGGCCGCAGUCAAGGAGCCAAGGCCCAUGGAAGCUGUUGAUGCCGUGAAAGUUGGACAGAGCCCGGACCCUCCAUGUAGGCAAGUGCCCUCUGAGGAGUUGCAACUGGCUGCGAUCGCUCAGCAGCUCGUGCAAUUGCCGCGGAGUGAGAGGAUCUCUCGGCUGGAGGUGUUGGUCUCUUCAUGGAAGUCCCAAGAUGAUUCUUUCUGCCUCCCGAAGGCGGUCGAAGUCAAUGUCCGUGAGGAGCCUGCCAAGAAGACCAAGGCCGUCGCCGAGCCUGCCAGGGAGAAGCCGCCUUUGAAGAAGCGUCGGAACUACUACCUCCAGGCCAUGCGAUCGCUUGGUGUGAAAACUACUUGGUCAACUGGGCAGGGAGGCUCCGGCAGGCUGGGCUUCGUUUUGUCGGAGCCAUUCAACAGGGAGGCGGUGGAGCACUUUGGGUCGCUGCGUGCAGCUGCGCAGCUCGGCUUCAGGCGAGCUCUGGCGGCGCUUCUGGUGCGGGACACAGAGGCCGCUGGUGUGGUUAAAGUGGCGUACCGGGAGUGCCACACCGUUGCUGACCUCUUUGAUGUGGAGACGCUUGGCAGAGCCUACGGUGGCUAUGUUGCCAAGCACUACGAGGAGCUGGCAAAGCGGCUCAAGAAGAUCGACCCUGUGAAGGGGCAGGACGAUGUGGAUGCCAUCAGCGCGCAGAUGGGCAUUUACAUGCAGCUGCCCCCCGUCUUUGGCAAUCUUCAGAAGUUGGGCAUGAGCUCCUUCGCUGAGGUUUGCCGCAGUGGCAUGCCCCUCGUGGACAUCGACCAGCAGUGCAGUGCCGGGCGGAUCUUGUUGGGGCGACGCCCGAGCGCCGCCAGGCUUGGGCACUUUGUGCGCAAUAGGGACUCCUACCUGGACAUGCUGCCAGUGGAGCGGGAGGACGCCAAGGAGUUCUUCACGGGCCUGUUGUUUGGGGGCGGCAGCGGGCGCUGCCGGGAGUUUGAGGAUCAGCACGGCGUCCGGCUGCCUCAGUGCGUCCAGGACCUCAUUGCGGAGCUGCGGGCUUUGAGGGACAUCGAUGAGAAGAAGUACGAGAACCAGAUGAGGAUGCUGGCCACCGAGUACCCUGGCAAAACUCUGCAGGCCUUCCUCCACCAGAUCGAAGAGCGUCGGAUCUCCAGCGCCUUUUGCGCUGCAGUGGAGGCCCAGGGGCUGGGCCGGCCCGUUAGUUGGGAACAUGACGGAGUUGUGUUUGCUCCCUUGAGAGACCUCCUGCCAGAGGAGGUGGACCUCUGGAGACAGCGCGUGCUUUGCGCCGCACAGGCCGCGGUGCCGGACAGCCCGCUCGGUAUCAAGGCUUACCAAAGCAUGGAGGAGCUGCUGCGCCACUUCAAGACCAUCCACCCGGAGUGUGACUGGGAGACGGUGGACAAUGACUGGGUAGAGCAGGAGCAGGUUCGGUUCCAGCUCAGUGCCUACCUGUCGGCCGGCGUGGAGUCCGUGGACUAUCUCGCGGCCCAGUUGCUGCCCGGGCACGUGCUGAACAACGGUGUGCUUGUGUUGGACACAUACAAGUGCGUCCCAACAUCUACCAGGCACACCGAAACCGCCAUGUUUGACGAGGGCAAGGGCCGCUGGACUUUGGCGAAAUCGGCGCACGCCGAGACGACGCUGGCUGAUGUGGUGAAGCAGGUCUACAUCGACUCGACGCCGGAGGACUGGGUCGGCCUCCCCCCCAAGGUGGCGUUCCAGAUCGCCUCGCUCCGCAAGGUGGCGAAUACCGCGAUGGAAAAGGGGCUCUACGAUCCCUACUUCUUCGCAGAGCUGGACGGCAAUAAGUACCGUGACUUCUUGUUGUUUCUGGAUGGCUGGGUGCUGCACGUACCAACCAUGCAGGCCACCAGAGGCCGCAGGGACUUGCGGAUGAGCCGCUCGCUGGGGAUCUCCUACCCCGGUGACUUGAUGCACAAGCUGGACGUUUUGAACGUCGCCGCCCUCCUGGAGGAGGUGGCCUGCUUUGAGGACGGCCUGCCGGAGAAAGACUACACCAGCGAGGACAUGUUCCCCCAGACCUUGGCAGACCGCCUGUGGAACCUCUCCCAGCACCCGGAGUUUGCAGCCCUCCGGUUCCUCUUCAGCUCGCACGAGUCAUGGCCCAGGGUCCUUUUCCUGCUGAAGUUUGCUGCCUUCCAGCUGUGUUCCACGAAAAGCUUGGAGGAUGGGAUGCUUUGGGUCGGCGCUGGGAAGAACGGCAAGAACGCCUGGAUGUCCAUGCUGCUCAAACUCUUUGGUGAUUGUGGCCACACACCGCCCAAGGAGGUGCUCACGAAGCCGCCGCAACCGCCGGAUGAGGCGGCGCCUGUGCGCUUCGGCCUCAGGGGAAGGCGGUUGCUGUGGUUCAACGAGCUGGAGGAGAAGCACCCCAUUCAGAGCACGAUUUUCAAGGACUUCCGCGACCACGCAACGACCUUGACGGCUCGCACACUGUACGGGGACAACGUUGACUUCAACGUCACUUGGGGCAUGGUGCUUGCCACCAACAGUAGGGUGUCCUGGACCGCCGAGGAUGGCGGCGUUGGGAGGUCGCUGACGAAGGUGCGGUGGCCAUUGCGGUUUGUCGCCCCGGGCAUGCCGCUUGGUCCGAAUGACCGAGUCGUGGAUUUGCGGUGGAAGGCGACGGCUGUCGUGGAUAGCGUCGCCCCGGGGCUGCUUUACCUGCUGCUCCAGGUCUACAAAGUCUUUCUGCCCCGGCUCACAGACACCCAGAUCCACCCGCGACCGCAUUGUGUGGUCCUUGAGACCGGCGAUUCGUCGGAGACGUUCUAUGCGAGCAAGGCCGUGGCUAACUUUGUGGAGACCACGGGAACGCUGCUCAAGAGCGGCCCUGACUGCCUUGGAUGGCAGGCUGCUUUGGAGGCCUUCACGGCCAGUGCUCGGGGCAUCAACCGGGUAGGCGCGAGGGAUAUCUUCAAGGCAGAGUUCGAGGCACACAAGUACUGUGGGAAGUUGCUGGCAAAGCACCGUGAGACCAAGGCUUUCCUUGCCAGCUCAAAGCGGUGA